UAAAAUGAUUGAUGUCAUUGAUUAGAGCUUGCUUCCAAAGCAAAAUAAAUGGGGAGAAAACCUUGUUGUGACAAGAUUGGAUUGAGAAGAGGUCCAUGGAGUAUAGAAGAAGAUCAUAGACUCAUGAACUUUAUUCUUCACAAUGGCAUCCACUGCUGGAGAAUCGUCCCCAAACUUGCAGGUUUGUUGAGAUGUGGGAAGAGCUGUAGAUUGAGAUGGAUUAAUUAUUUGAGACCUGAUCUCAAGAGAGGUGGUUUUACUGAUGCUGAAGAAGAUCGGAUUAUGGAACUUCACUCUCAGCUUGGCAAUCGGUGGUCUAAAAUUGCUUCUCAUUUCUCUGGUCGAACGGAUAAUGAGAUAAAAAACCAUUGGAAUAAGAAGAUCAAGAAGAAGAUGAAACAUCUUGGUUUAAAUCCGGCUACGCAUGAACCAAUGAAUAAUAUUACCAACCAACCCCAAUCGAUGCAGAUAACAAAACCAAACAUGUGUUUCUACCAUCAAAGAAAGAGAAGAAACAAAGGGUCAACCAAAAGAUAUGAUGUUAUAAUAGAAACAAAGAAGACAUCAAUAAUAUCCAAUAAUGAUGAACUACUUCUGGCUAAGAACUGCAAAACGCUAUAUGCAGAAGAAGUAGACAUCAGACCUCUAUUCAAAAUGCAAGGCAACGAGACAUCUGUCUCGUCUUUACCUUCUUUAUAUAGUAAUAUUUCAAGAAGUGAAUAUUCAUCCUAUCUUGCAGAGGAUUCCAUAUCUUUAGAGCAAAUGGGGUUUGACCGAUAUGACGGAUCCUUUGGUACCAUGGGACCUCUUCACCAAUCUUGA